AUGAAACGGAAGUGCACAUCCCACGCGGCUGGCUCUCGCAAGAAGGCGCACCUCGUUGACCAAUCUGCGAGCGCCACACCAACAGCCAUCCAACAGCCUGUCUUGCAACACUUCUAUCCCCGACUGCUUACACUGCGCCACUACCUCUUGUCACAGCUGCCCAACUCAUCCAAGAACAGACGUCGAAAACUGGCCGAGCUGGGCCUGGCAGCCGCGACCAAGACCGCUGCAGCGUCAACAUGUGAUCCUGACUACGAGCUUGGACAGCUGCUCGAUUCCACUGUGAUCGGUCAGCAGAGCAUGGCAAAGACGGACAACCAGCAACAAAUCACAACAGAGCGUAACAAAGACAUCGAGGCUUUCAUUCAGCAGCUGUCGCCUGCCAUCACCGGCGGCACCUUCAAGCCAGGCUAUUUGCUGCAAUCCGAGAUUGUUGACAUCGUGAUUUGGCGCCUGUUCAAAAGGUCUUCGUCCCACAAGAUUCGCCAUCUGAUCUGCCAUGGCUUUGAACGAUCCGGAUCAACGUACCGUCAAAAUGCUCUCGACAGGGACAACAGUUCCUCGAUACCUGGCCUGGUUGCGCGCUACCCUAACAACUAUGUGCGUACACUGAAAGGGCCGCUAUGGUGUCGACUACAAGCUGUCCUUGGCGAAGGCGGUGAUCGAAUCAUGAUGGACAUGCUUAUGGACUGCGCUAUAUUCCGCCCCGUCGACGGGACCUUUUCAAACUACCAUCAGCUGAGCGGUCCUCCCAUAUUCGACUUGAAGCCUUGUGUCCCUCUGAAGGAGCCUGCAGCAGAACCUCUAUCGAUGAAUCCCAGAUCGAGACAACCUUCGGAUUCCGCCAGCGACUACCGAACACUGUGCAAGAUAGCCUUUGUGCGCAACCGAAUGUUGUAUGCCAAACCUGCUCUAAAUGGCAAAGGUGGUAUCACUUUCGGCAUGCGCCAUAUCCACGUGCUGAAUCGUUUUUCCCGCCGAGAAGACAAGCAGCAGGUCAUUCAAAUUAUGAGAUAUAUAUUUCCACGACAGUUCGGCUUGCACAAUGUCUUCACUUCCAAGGUCGACGCGCGUGAGACGGCAAUGCCACUCAAAGACUAUACCUUGCGAGAGAAGGAGAUUCACCAAGGCAUGUGCCGAGACUUGGGCGACAAAAUUCACAACCCAAAUGAGGUGGCCAAAUGGAAGUUACGUGUACCAAAGAGGCUACGAGGCGAUGUGGUCUUGAUGAUCGAGAAGCUCCGCAUACUCAAUCAGAGAUGUUCGUAUGCAGAGAUGCUACGCCACUACUGCCCAGUCGAGGCUUUACCUCUAUCGUCAAAUCCAGUGUGGAGGAAGUCUCAUCUUCACCUGAAGUAUGCUACCACGGAAUCCACAGGCGUUGCGAGCAGAAGGAAGAACCACGCUAUAGCUCAAGCAGACGAGCAAUCGAAUGAGGAGGCAUGUUUUACAGACAUGGCCUGUCCCACAGCAAACGUAUCUGCGUUCUGCAGAGCUAUUGUCUCUAAAGUCAUCCCAAAACGCUUUUGGGGCGACAAAGACAUCAAGCGUACAAUCAUGCAUUACAUUGAUCAGUUUGUGAGUUUACGGAAGUUCGAGACAUUGACGCUGCACCAGGUUACACAGAAGCUGCCGAUUACGAGUCUUGCGUGGCUCCGGCUUCCUGGUCAAGACGAGACCGCCAAGCUAGCGCGGUCUGACUUUGAAAAGCGCAAGGAGAUCCUUCAAGAAUUCGUGUAUUGGCUCUUCGAUUCAUUCCUGAUACCCCUGAUCAGAUCGAACUUUUAUGUCACAGAAUCAAAUGCUCACCGCAAUCGACUAUUCUACUUCCGACACGACGUUUGGCGAAUGCUCGCAGAGCCGUCGCUAUCGACCUUGAGACUGAAGAUGUUCGAGGAGAUGCCGACAGAACGCGCGAACAAGCUCCUGGCUGUUCGUCCACUCGGCUUCAGCAAGAUACGCCUUCUGCCGAAGAAGCAAGGUAUUCGCAUGAUCAUGAAUCUGAAACGAAAACUACAAGUGACGCGAUAUGGCGCCAUGACCCUCCAAAAAAGUAUCAAUGCGGUCAUGGCGCCUGUCUUUCAUGCCAUUACAUAUGAAAAGACCCUUCAACCCGAGAAGUUCGGCUCCUCGCUGUUUUCAGUGGGCGAUAUGUUUCCGAAACUCGAGGCAUUCAAGAAAUGGUUACAAGAACAAGGGUUGAGUGGCAGGCCUCUGUACUUCGCCAAAGUUGACGUCCUGUCUUGCUUCGACACCAUCCCUCAACAACGUCUGUUGAGUAUGAUGGACAGCCUCGUUCCAGCGCAAGCAUACCAGACAGGUAAGCAUGUAGAAAUCAGUCCAAUGGGUGCCUUACAGCGUCUCGACGGUCAGCACGUCAGUCCAGCCCCACUGAAGCGCUGGGUUUCGCAUACCGUAGCUGCCAACGACACACAGUCAUUCAGCCAGCUUGUACAAAACAAGCUGGUAGGCUCGAAGAGCAACACCAUCUUCGUUGACGCGAACUUGCAGCAGCAAGAGACAAAAGCUAAUCUGAUGCAUCUACUUGGCGAGCAUGUAGAGCGUAAUCUUGUCAAGAUCGGCAAGCGCUUCUAUCGCCAGAAGAGGGGCAUUCCACAAGGCUCGAUCCUGUCGAGCAUCCUGUGCAACUACUUCUACGCUGAGCUUGAACGUGAUGUACUAGGCUUUGCACUGAGCAGUGACUGUCUGCUCUUACGUUUGCUCGACGAUUUCCUGCUGAUAACAGUCAACCGCCAGCAUGCAGAGCGCUUCGUACGCGUCAUGCAUCGCGGCCACGCAGAUUACGGCGUUGAGGUCAAGCCUUCGAAAUCCAUGGCCAACUUCGAUGUGACCACUGAGGAUGGCACUCGGCUCCCCAAGUGCAGCCCGGCCACGGAUUUUCUGUACUGUGGAGUUUGUAUCGACACCACGACGUUAGAAGUGAGGAAGAAUAGUGAACGUUACACAAGGACUGAUGUUGGGGACUCGCUGACCACAGAGUUGUCGAAAGUGCCAGGACAGACGUUCCAUCGAAAAGCACUCAAUGGGUUCAAGAUUCAGCUUAAAGCCAUGUUCAUCGACACGGCAUUGAACAGCGUGUCGACAGUACUAAGCAAUUUGCACCAAAGCUUCCAUGAAGCGGCGGUGAGAUGUCUCGAAUACGUGCGCGUGUUGGCAAAGGUGCGAACAACGUGUUCCAGCCUGCUCAUCAGUGCGUUCACUCCAAGCCCGACCCUUUCCCCAAUGUACCCGCGAGAUAGGUUGGAAUCCUAAUGGGCUUGCUUCUCCAGCCAGUCGGAAGAGAGGCAGGCGCAAGCGUGGGUUGGAUGCACAGAUUAAGCGAGGACACGAGUAAUCUGCAGUGCAGCGUCGAUCGUCACGGCUAUCUCUACCGAUCAUGAAGGACUGACGAGUUGCACAGGGACUGUAGACAGCAUCAUCGCGCUAGCAUUUGUGAUGGUGCAGCGACGUGCGCGUUCUCGCAGCGACAGAAGCGUUGUGCAUGUGCAGAGCGUCAUCUCACGCCGACAGCUCCAGUGGUAAGUGUGGCUGAGGCCAGCGUCUCACAGUGGGCGGAGACGGAGCUCGACGGCUCUUUCCCCCAUUGCGCAACCCAGGCCAGGGGACCUUCGGACGAACGCCAGGGUGCGCGAGACGGUCUGGCGGGGAAGUGGUGUCACGGAGAGUUUGAUGGGCGCCAAAGGCUAAUUUGAGGACAGGCUCGCUUGUAAAGCCUUCCACACGGUGUUUCAGCGCGCGCAGACCAAGCAUAGUGCUUUGCUGGUAUGGCUCAAGGCAUCGCUCAAGGCGGCUCGCAUGUCUGAUGCAGCGCAGAGAGAAAUGCUCGAGGCGGCUGCCAGUGCUUGGCAGCGAAGAUAA